AUGGCACCUGGUAUUAUGCGGGUCUUUAUAUUAAGCUUUUUAGUAAUCUCUGGCUCGCUGCAUGUUAACGCAGAUGUCGAAGACUCAGAAGAUGGAGUAACUGUUGAGACUGAAGAGGAAACCUACCAGAGUCCUCAAGUGGAUCCCAAGAAAGUGUAUCUGGCUGAGAACUUUGAUGAUGUGGCAACAUUCAAGAAGAAGUGGAUUAAGUCCGAAGCAAAAAAACAAGGUGUCGACGAAGAUAUAGCAAAAUAUGAUGGAAAAUGGGAGAUUCAAAUACCUACAAGAAAAAUAUUUAAUAGUGACACAGGGUUAGUGCUGAUUACUGAGGCUAAACAUGCCGCGAUAUCAACACUGCUUGACAGACCGUUUGAGUUUAAAGACAAACCACUCAUUGUACAGUAUGAAGUGACUAUGCAGGAAGGUCAAAAUUGUGGUGGUGCUUACUUAAAGCUUCUAUCACGAGGAGUGAACAAUAAAGCAGACCUCAAACAGUUCCACGACCAGACUCCAUACACUAUCAUGUUUGGACCCGACAAGUGUGGCAACGACAAUAAACUGCACUUCAUCUUCAGACACAAAAACCCCAAGAAUGGGACCAUUGAAGAAAAACACUGCAAGAAACCAACUCAACGUCUUGAAGACAUCUAUAAAGACAAGGAGCCUCAUCUGUACACACUGAUAGUGAGACCAGACAACACAUUCUCAGUCCUCGUUGACAACAAGGAGUUCAAUGCUGGUUCACUGUUGGAAGACUUCACACCACCCGUCAACCCUCCCAAAGAGGUCGAUGACCCCAACGAUGAGAAGCCAGAAGACUGGGAUGAGAGGGAAAAGAUCGUUGACCCUUCAGCGAGCAAGCCAGAUGAUUGGGAUGAGAGUGAGCCGGCGCAGAUCAUAGACUUCAAUGCUGUUAAACCAGACGGCUGGCUGGAGGACGAGCCUGACAUGAUACCAGACCCGGAGGCCAAGAAGCCUUCAGACUGGGACGAGGAGAUGGACGGCGAGUGGGAGGCGCCGCUGGUGGACAACCCGCGAUGUGCCGCGGCGCCCGGCUGUGGGACAUGGGCGCCACCAACGAUACCCAACCCUAAAUACAAGGGAAUCUGGCGAGCACCUCUCAUCCCCAAUCCCAACUACAAGGGCAAGUGGAGUCCGAGACGAAUCCCCAACCCGGACUACUUCAACGACGAACAUCCCUUCAGAAUGACGCCUAUUCACGCUGUUGGAUUUGAGCUGUGGUCGAUGUCUCCCAUGCUCCUGUUCGAUAACCUCAUCAUCACAGACGACCCCACCGUGGCGGAGGCCUGGGCCGCUCAGGGCUUCGCUCUCAAGAAACAGAAGAUAUCCAGCAACUCGAAAACGUGGUGGGGCAAGCUACUGAUAGCUGUGAAGUAUCGUCCGGGCGCGGUGUCGCUGUACGUGCUGUACUGCGCGAUACCUAUCGUUAUAUACGUCGCCUACCUUAUAAGGAGAUCCUAUGAGGAGUCUGUGGUGGAGCUUGUUCUACGCUCGGUGGGUGACAGGCCCUGGAUGUGGGCAGCCGCGCUACUCGUCUCCUUCGCUCUACUGGCCUUCAUCGCGUACAUGUGUUGUGGACCUCGAGUGGAUCCGGAAGCGGAUGUUAAGAAGACGGACGCGGUUGUAGAGGAUGAUCCUCAUCAAGAGGAAGUUGAAGGAACUAGUGAGAAGACGAGCAAAGCUGAUCUUGAAGGACCCGAGCCCGAGGCUGACACAACUGAUACCGCACCAUUGGUAGACUCAGAAGCAGCUGGUGAUGGACAGAGGAAGAGGAAACCACGCAAGGAGUGA